AUGGGGGUGGAGAACCUCACGUCUGUCACAGAGUUCAUCUUGGAGGGACUCUCCAGCCACCGCAAGACUCAGAUUUUGCUUUUCAUAGCGAUCCUCCUCGUCUAUUCAUUUACCGUGCUGGGGAACCUGAUGAUCAUCGUACUGGUACAGGUUGAUCCCCAUCUCCACUCCCCUAUGUACCUCUUCCUUUCAAACCUCUCAAGCCUGGAGAUCUGUUUUGUCACCUGCACCUUGCCCCAGAUGUUGGCUCACCUUCUGGCUGGAAAUGGAGCCAUCUCCUUUGCUCGUUGUGCAACCCAGAUGUAUAUCGCAACAUGUCUGGGCAGUGUUGAAUGUUUUCUCCUGGGCGUCAUGGCCUAUGACCGCUACUUGGCCAUCUGCCAUCCCCUGCUCUAUGCUCUCGCCAUGGGCAGUUGGCGCCCACUGCAGCUUGCUUUAGCCUCCUGGACAAGCGGUUUCUUCCUCGCUUCUAUCAGUAUGACCAGCACCCUCCUCCUCCCCUUCUGUGGCCCCAACCACAUUGACCAUUUUUUCUGUGAGGCACCACUCAUGUUGAAACUGGCAUGUGCCAACACCCGUGUCAAUAAGCACAUCAUUUCCGUGGUGGCUUCUAUCAUCCUUGUGGUCCCCCUUUCUGUUAUCCUUGCCUCGUAUGGGCUUAUUCUCUCUUCUGUGUUGCGAAUGCGUUCAGCUGCCGGGAGACACAAAGCCUUUUCUACUUGCGCAUCCCACUUGUUGGUGGUCACCAUGUUCUACGGCACCAUCACCUUUAUGUACAUGAUUCCCCAAUCAGCUGUCAAUCAUGAUAAUGACAAGCAAGUGGCGGUCUUCUAUAUCGUGGUCACCCCUUUGCUCAAUCCUAUCAUUUACACUCUGAGGAACAAGGACAUCCACACAGCAGCAGCCAGACUACUGCGAAGGGUUUUGAACAAAAAAACUCAAGCAAUGACAUCUUGUCGAAUUCGUCCGAGGUGGCUCAGUGGAAGCUAG